CAUAAUAUUGCAACGUAUCUCUCUCAACCCUCACCCGACCAAUACUACUACACAGAUUUUUUUACUAAAAGUUAGAGACAGCCUCCAACAUGAUGAAAGGUAGUGUUCUCAUGUACCAGGUUGCAACCGUGGCCCUGUUGGCCUUGGCUUGCUCUCUCGCCUUUGCCUAUGAUCCUAGUCCUCUUCAGGACUUCUGUGUUGCAGUCGACAAGUAUGAUUUUGUUGCAUUUGUAAAUGGAAAGUUCUGCAAGGAUCCAAAGAAUGUCAAAGCCGAAGACUUCUUCUUCUCGGGGCUAAAUAUUGCCACAGACACCUCAGGUCAACUAGGGACGAAUGCCACCAACGUUUUUGUGGAUCAAUUACCAGGCCUCAACACUCUAGGCAUAUCCAUAGCUCGCAUUGACUAUGCACCAUAUGGCGUGAAUCCUCCACACAUACAUCCUCUUGGCACUGAGCUUCUUAUAGUCUUGGAGGGUACUCUAUUAGCUAGCUUUGUCACCUCUAACCAAGCAGAUGGAGAAAACCGCCUCUUCACCAAAGUUCUAAAUGCCGGAGAUGUCUAUGUAUUCCCAAUUGGUCUCAUUCACUUCCAGAUGAAUAUUGGAAAAUCCAAAGCCAUUGCCUUAGCCAGUUUUAACAGCCAAAAUCCGGGGGUUAUCACCAUAGCCAAUGCAGUCUUUGGAUCUGAGCCUCCCAUCAAUCCCGAUAUUCUCACCAAGGCCUUCCAAGUAGACAAGAAUCUGAUUGAAUAUCUUCAGAAACAAUUCGGAAAAUAGAAAUAUAGAAUAUAAUAACCAUGCUAAUGAACCAUUAAACCGUUCGAAUAAACUGAAAGUUUUCAUAUAUGUUUCCUUUAUUGUAAUAUCAUUUGAAUAAUUAUAAUGAAAUAAGAUGGUUCAUUGUGUACUCUCA